GGCUCAUCAAAUAUAUAUAAAUUUGCAGUGCAUACAAAGAGCGAGGACCAGACACCCCUCGGCCUUGGCCACCGCAUUUUUUCUUUCCCUUUCUCCUUCCUUAUCCCAUUUUUAUUUUACUUUUACAGUCCCCUGACCUUUUUCUUUUUUUUCUUUUUAAGAUAAGAGUGUCAAUUUUCUCCCGCGCCAAUCCAAACCUUAUAAUAGCCCCCCCUUUAAUCCCUUCGCUUCUCAUUCUCUCUAAGCCUGUAUAGCUAUGGACUCCAAAAAAAUCUAUUCAUAUUUCGUUCUUGUAUUCACAUUCUUCGCCUUCACCAUAAUUUCUUCUGAUGCUUACGUCCAAGGUCAUAAGAAAGCACCAGGGAGGAGAAGAACCCCAGCAAAUGGACUCAACUGCGAUAUGUUUCAUGGCAGUUGGGUCUACGAUGACUCGUACCCGCUCUACAAUUCGUCCACCUGUCCGUUCAUCGAUCCCGAAUUUGAUUGCAAGAAAUACGGCAGACCCGAUGAGCUCUAUCUCAAAUAUAGAUGGAAGCCAAAUGCUUGUGAACUCCCAAGAUUCAAUGGUCAGGAUUUUUUGAUGAGAUGGAGAGGGAAGAAGAUAAUGUUUGUGGGAGACUCGUUGAGUUUGAACCAGUGGCAGUCCCUCAACUGCAUGCUUCAUGCGGCUGUGCCCAACUCAAAGACCUCGACUUCACGGACUGGCUCACUGGCCACUGUUAGAUUUGAGGAAUAUGGGCUGUCGGUGAUGUACUAUAGAACAACGUACUUGGUCGAUAUCGUGGGCGAGCCGAUUGGUCGAGUUUUAAAGCUGGAUUCGAUCGAUAGUGGCAGCAGCACUUGGCUGGGGGUUGACAUGCUUAUAUUCAAUACGUGGCAUUGGUGGACUCACACCGGAAACGGCCAACCAUGGGAUUUCGUUGAGUCAGAAGGACAAGUGUACAAAGACAUGGAUCGGUUAGUGGCUUUCUCUAAAGGGCUAACAACAUGGGCUAAGUGGGUGGAAGCCAACGUUGACCCAAGCACCACCAAGGUUUUCUUUCAGGGGAUCUCACCUACUCAUUAUCUAGCAAAGGACUGGGGAGAACCAAAGGCAGGGAACUGCAACAAACAAACUCAACCGGUGAUCGGAUCAACAUAUCCAGCUGGUUCACCUCCAGAGCAGGCAGUCGUUAGCAACGUUAUCGGUACAAUGUCGAGACCAGCGUAUCUUCUCGACAUAACCCUUCUUUCCCAGCUCAGAAAAGACGGUCAUCCCUCAACGUACAGUGGGGACCACCCUGGUGUGGACUGCAGCCACUGGUGCCUCGCUGGUGUUCCGGAUACAUGGAACCAAAUACUAUAUGCAGCUCUCUUAUGAAUCCAUGGUGACAUGCGGGGAAGCAAACCAUUUCUCCAUACAAAAUUAUUUGCAAGCCAUUAUUUUGACAUUAUUUACUUGUUAUUGAAGUGUUUGAAUAUGUGGGUGUAAGUGUUAUCCAAUGAUAACUUGAAUAGCGAAAUUAUUAUUAUUUUUUUAAAUAUUGAUUCUAAUUAUGCUCAA